AUGGACCGCCUGUUAAUCGCUAAUACAGGUGCCGCCCAAUCCCUCAAAUACGCUCGAGCUCAAGACUUGCCUUCAUUUCCGUCUUCCGGCGGCGUCAAACUAGCAUCGGCUGGUGCUGCAGCGAGCUUAGCCGACUCCAACAAGAAAGCAUUCGAGCACUGGACGCCGGGCGAGCUACCUCACGCGAACACAGCCGCGGAAAAGGCUCGAGAUUACAAGAUGGAGCCUCUGUGGGAGCCAGAGUUGAGUCGCGCCGGCUCCCAGGCCGCGAUAGCUGCGCAUCGAGAUGCUGGAUCGGUAGACAUUUGGACAGCCCCAGAAACAGAACACGGUCACUCUGCAGCGUCGUCAGCCCUGCAGAACCCGAAGUCACCACCUGCGAUAACCGAAAGACAUGUCUCAGGCGACGACCGCCAGAAAGCACUGCUGGCGGCCACUGCAUCAGUGAAAGGGGGACGGAGGCGCGCAGGGUCGGCACCUGUACACCCCGUGCCAUCGAAUGGUCCCUCUGCUUGGGCGUUGAAAGCAGCGACCCAAUCUCAUAACUCCAAACCACUCAAUGGGCCCACUCCCCAAUCAUCCAAGAGCGAGAUGUCGAGUACCGAUGCGGCCAGGAUACAGAAUAUGGCCAAAAACAACGUCUCCAGACAAAUGUAUACUUCUAACCCCCCGGUCGCAAUCGAGGUCGAAGAAAGGAGGCGGCAAGACAUGCUGCGAGCUUCUGCCGUGGCUAUGGCUAAAAAGAUGUUUGCUAUACAACAAGAACAGAUUGACGAGGCCAGGGGUAUCCAUCGUUCGCAGAGCCAUUAUGCAGCGCACACGGCCCGUCGGCGGGCUCAAUCAGAUGCUGCAAAUCAGCCAGCACGGACUGGUGAAGUGCCACGAUAUGAGAAUCUGGAAGAACAGGCCCGGAAGCUUGCUCAAGACCGUCUCGCCAAGCUACAUGACGAGCACGCCGAGUACCGGCAGUAUUAUGGGCAGAAUACUACGCCACAGAGGUCACGAACCUUCUUAAGGCGUGGUCGGCGGCGGUCGGACAUUCCCGAGAACGACGAUGAUUCCGACCUAGAGGAGUCGCGGAAGAUCCGCCAACAAAUGUCACUGUUCCAAGGCAAGCUCGCUGAGGUUGACAGUAAGAAGCGACAGGCCGAUAGAGACGCACUACUUGCAGCCGCACACAAGAACGUAACGGCUCGGAUGAAUGCGAUGGACGAGAAGGUAUUUUCAGAGACGGGCAAGACAAGUCCCCACCAGCGCGAGCUUUGGGAACGUCAAGCUCGAGAGAGAGCUCAAAGGGAUAGUGACGAAAGGCUAAUGAAUGUCGGGAAAGUUCACAUAGGAGGUGGAAAGUACCUUGAACAGGAAGAAAUUGAGGCGAUCGCGAAAGCCCGCUUGCAGCCAACGUUGGACGAGAUUAGCCAAAAGGCUGAAGAGCAAAGAGCACGAGAUGAGGAGCUCCGGCUAGAGCAAGAGCGACUCAAGGCUGAGCAGGAGACCGAGAGGAAGCGCCAAGCUGAGAUCAAAGCUGAGCAGAAAGCUGCACUUGGUAAGUCUACCCGCGGUGCUGGUGUACAAGUGUCACUGACAACCAUAGACCGUGAAAAGGCCGAACAAAGGGCUCAAAGGAUGGAAGAGAAACGCAUAUUGGAAGAACAGAAACAUGAAGAGAGACGAGUACGAACCGAGCAAAAAAGCACAGAGAAGAAAGCUCGGGAGGAGGCAAAUCAAGCUGACAAAGAGCGUCGGCGAGCAGAGAAAGCAGAAAAAGGACACCCGGAGUCUGGCAAACCUCGUUUCCUUCCAUCUUUCCUGGGAAGAGGCGGCGUUGCAGGAGGAACAGCAGCAGGUGCUGGUGGCGCUGCCGCUGGUGAAGGUGCGGUGGCUGUAGCCGAAGGAGGAGCGAGGCCUGUCACCGCCGGCUCCGAAGGUCCAGCAGUCGCAGCGCUUGAACCUGAUGAGCUCGCCGGCGAGACUUUCCACGACAAAGUCACCCUCGACACCGGCGAGGCCAUACAUGGCCAAGUCACAAUGGAUCCGGGUGAAGCCGCCCAUGCAGUUGCCGCGGCAGAUGCUGAGGACGAAGUCAAGCCCGUGGCAGCUCCCGUCGUAUCACAGGAAGACGAGAAACCUAAAGACAAUAUUGGUGCACGACCAUACUCAAGCAGCGGUCCACCUCAGGAGUCAACAUCCCCGGUAUCUCAGACCUCACCAGCUUCGCCUUCGAAGCGCAAUUCACGAGUGAAGUCCUUCUUUAAGCGCUUCAGGUCAGGAAGCAAGGCAGAGGAUGACUUCAGUCGUGACCAAGCUGCGACCACUGAGACGGCACCAAAUGAGCCACUUUCCAGUCGUCCUCAAACAGCUGAGCCCAUCAAAGAAGAGGAGCCGGCUGCCACUGACUCAAUCCGUGACGUCGCGUUUGCCGGCCGUAGCGACAACGAGACUGAAGACAUGUACGGCGGGUCGGCAGAGCCAUACGGACGAGUCUCGCCCGUCCAAGACGAUCCCGCACCGGGAGUAGCGACUAGUACCAGUGGACCUGGUCCGGGGGUGGAGGAAGGAGGUGCCAAAGAACGGGACAUCAGUCCUCCCUCGGAUACCUCGUCGCUGAGCGAAGAACCCUACGUCAUCGCCGCAGACGUGGCCUCCUCUCGCUACUCGACUGAGCACGGCACAGGCUCGAAACGAAAUUCCGGGUACGAUCAAGUAGCGACUUUGACCGACGAAGAGGAAGAGCCCAGAGGAAGGAAAGGCUUCCGUGAGCGGUUCUUGAAGAAGGUCAUCCCAGGACGAGAUAAAGACAAGCGUCAACCCGGAGCGUUCACUUCGUCUGCUGUCGGUAGUUCCGCUGCUGCACAAACAGGGGCGGCUUCAGCUUCAAGCGCUCGAGCGACCGGCCCGGAGCCUCAAACCACCGACCCUGUAUCAGGCAGCGGCGUAUCUCAAGCGCACCCGGAGGAAGAGCCACAAGACAAAGUCCAGGAACCAUCGGCUACCUCGACGGAAGCGACCGGCCACUCCACCGUCACUGGAACAACAACUCCUGCGCUCACGCACGCCCAAACAAAUGGUGACGACGACGAAGACUUCGAGGAAGCCAGAGACACUUUCGACGAGGGCCGCCUGGUCAGUGCGUCGAAAGUAGACAGCGGGUCCGCCAGGAUCGUCGACGUAAACAGCCCUAUGACCUCGACCGGUGCGAAGGGGCGACCAAGUGGCGAGGGAUCACGGUUUACUGAAGAGCUCUGA